CCAAAACCGUUACAUAUUCCUUCAUUUAUACAGUAUUCAUGAUUGUUUGUCUCUUGAUGAUCACUGAGCUCUAGGUUUGUCCUGUUUAUUUCCUACAUCAACGUGUAAAAUAUUAAAAUAAGAAUAAACUUCACAGACAAACAGUCCCCGUUUUCUCAGUUGUCUCUGCUGCUCUGUGAUCAGCAUGUUUGGAGUGGUCACCCAGUGAUCUGCUGGGAAGGGAGGUGUUAUUAAGUCUCUGAACAACAAUAAUAAACACACACACACACACUACUUACACAGUAAGCGGUGACUCAGGCUGGCAUGUUGGGUAUUGUUGGAGGUUUCCUGACCUUCUGAUGUUAAUAGAAGCAGAAGGAUGAAGAUGGGGGGAAAAGUGAACAAAAUGUAACAAAGCUCCUGAGCAGUCAUGAGUAUCAAACAUGUUACCCAGAGAGCAUUUACCUGUGGACGGGACGGAGGAGCGGAGCAGCCUGACCAAAGGUAGUGCUUUUUUAAAGCCAGCACAGGAAAUCCUUUUAACAUGUGAAACCAUGAGCAGAGGAAAUUCCAUCAGCAUUGACCUCAUCAGCACCCAGCCUCUGCCUGCUGCACAUCCACCAGCAGAAGCCUCACCACAGGCAGCAGAGUUUAAGAAGCCUCAGUGUGACCUACAGACGUCCAGCUGCCCGCAAUGUGGCCUCAGAGUUCCAGAACACACACUCCCCGCUCCCCCCCCGCCAAGUUUGAGCCGUCUGCAGGGCUUAUCAAUGCAUAGCAGCAGAAGGAGCAGGAGCAGCGUGGCCGGCUCAGACCAACCUGCUGCAAUGCCAAGUGACUCCUGUUUUCAUCUACUGCUGGCGUGCCUGUGGUGCCAGUGCUCCAUGCUGCUGCUGGGCCUGUUGGAGGCCUGCUCUUCAUGCCUCUGUGCCCUCUGCUCCUCCUGCUGCCAUGCCUGCACUCGCUGGUGUUCAGCCAUCCGCGACACGCCCCUGGAUGAGCUCAACUGCCACGCCCACUGCCACUCUGUGCUGUUUCAGUCCUGUUGUGAACCAACCGAGUGUCUCGAGUUUUGUCUGGAAUGCUGUGAGAUCUGUCAUCGCAGCUAGGAGGCAGCUGGACCACCAGGCCUAAGGACUCAUUUUUAAGACACAUGAAGAGACCAAUUAGCACUACAAAGAUGUUUCUUCCCCCCAAAACAUCUAAGUGGCCUUGCUGUGACACAACUGUGUCAUUCUUUGCAACCAAUAGAUCAAAUGCUGCUAAAAUAAUUAACAGGCCCAGACCACAGAGUCCCCAAAAAUCAACCCACACAAAGUUAUAUUUACUUUAGCUCUUCAUACACUGCUUCAAUGGAGGAAAUGUUCUUUAUGUGCCAAAUAAAGCACAUAAGCAAUAGUUUGACAUUUAGGGAAGUAGGCUUAUUCACUUGCUGAUGAGACAUCUGGUACCUGAGAUACCAGAUACCUGGAACUAAAACCAUGAACCAAUUAAGAUUUAUAUUACCAUGAAGACUGGAAGCAGGGGGCUACAAGCUUGGCUCCAUUCAAAGUCAAAGGGGACCUCCACGGAUUUUACAUAUCAGUCUGUUUACAAGUCUUGGGAAGAGAAGCUAAUAUUUCAUAUGUGAAAAAACGUUGUAUAUAAAGCCUUGAGUGACUCCAGAGGGCUGCACAGAUCAUCUGGACUUCAGGUGAGUGGCUCGAGGCCACAUUAGCUGUAUUAGCAACACUGGCUAACUAAAUCAGCUCCCGGCUCUUCUGCUCCAGCUGUUGCUUUAAUCUGAUCCAGUGCCUCUUGAGAUGCUGCCUGGGACUGUAAACAUAAUGAUAUGAAAUUAGACUCAGUUAUGUUUUUCGCAAAAUAUAUAUAUUUAUAUUACAUUUCUUUUGUUUUCCUCCUCUAUCUCCUGCUGUUUACGGAGAUGGCUAUUGAACAGAUUCUCCUGCAGGGUUCGUGCACUGCGCUCCUGAGCCAAUAAUCUCUGCGUCUCACUGUGAUCCUC